GCCCAUUGGACAGGAGCCUUGUCACGUGACGGCCCCUGCGGAAAGGGCCGCGCGCCAUAGAGCGUCUGGGACGGAGCGGUCGAGGGGAGGCGGCCGGCGGGAAAGAGCGCCGCCGGUUGUCACGGAAACCCCGGGCCCAGAAGGGGCGGGGCCAUAGUGCGGCCGGCUCCGGCCUCUCCGCCGCCGACGCCGCCGCCUCCUCCUCUCCGGCGCGGGUUGGGCGGCGGCAACAGCUGCGCUCCCUCGUCGUCCUGCUGCAGCCGCCGCCAUGACGUCGGCCUCCACGAAGGUCGGGGAGAUCUUCUCCGCCGCCGGCGCCGCCUUCACCAAGCUGGGCGAACUGACGAUGCAGCUGCACCCGGUGGCCGACUCCUCUCCGGCCGGGGCCAAGUGGACAGACGCGGAGAUCUCCCUCCUGCGGGCGUCCGUCCAGCGCUUUGGAGACGAUCUCAACCGCAUCAGCACCCUCAUCAAAGACCGGACUGUGGCUCAGCUGAAAGGGGCAGCCAAGCGCAAAGCCUAUGAGGACAGUGGGUUGCCCCUCCCGGCCGAGUCCCCGAAGAAGGGGGCCCGCAAGGGGCAGCAGCAAGGCCCCCCCUCUGCAGCAGGCGCGGGCCCCCCUGAUUCCUCUGCCCCACCUCUGAAGAAGCAGAAGGCCUCUGACGUCACCCUCAGCGCUCUGAACGACUCGGACGCCCACAGUGACUUGGUGGACAUUGAGGGCCUGGGAGACGCCCCCCCUGCCAAGAAGCUCAACUUCGACCAGGCCUGAAUCUGGACUCUGGGUUCCUCAUGACUCCCGGCACAGAUCUGCCCCUCCUGCCCCGCUGACGGACGCCUCCUCCGCAGCGCCCCCUCCUCAGGAGCCUUGGAACUGCGGGGUGCGAAUGGUGGCCCCCUUGGCCAGGGGGCGCUCCCUCCGGCUACCGCCUGCCUGCCCGCUCUGGAAUCGUGACCCCCCUGCUGCUGUGGGGGUCCAUGGAAUGACGGGUUGGCCCCCCGGCCCUGGCCCGUCUCUCCCUUGCAGAAGGGUGGCUCUCCUCCCCGACCGUCGGCCUUUGGGGGCAGAGCAGCCGGGACCAGCCCUUCUUCCUCCGGCCCCCUCUCUGCAGCUUCUCCUAUGGACACAAGAGGCCUUGGAUCUGUGCUCCCCCCCCCCCCGCCCCCUUGGACGACGUGUGUGGAGCCCUGGUGCUUGUGUGUAUCUCUUUGUGUCUUCCUUUUGGUCAGUCCAUUGUAAUAAAAGUUGCCCCCCCCCCA